UCCUCCUCCUCCUCCUCCUCCUCCUCCUGCUCUUCCUCCUCGAGCUGCGUCUCUGCUGUCCACCGGCGCUGCACCAUCCUCCUCCUCCUCCUCGGUAUCAUGGACAUACGAAGCUGCCGCUCUUCCAUCUAGACGGGGAGUCUCACCUCACGGAGUCAAGACGGGGGGCACAAUGAGUGAGGAGCCGCCGGCCACCCCCAGCUGGCUGAGCCCUGACCCCACGGCGUGGGCCAGCGGCGGCGGGGGGCCGAUGGACAACGGCACCGGCCUGGGGACGUUUCCCCCGGAGGACGGGCUCCAGCCCAGCCAGCUGCCGCUGCUGGUCAACCCCUGGGACAUCGUGCUCUGCUCGUCGGGGACUCUGAUCGCGUGCGAGAACGCCCUGGUGGUGCUGGUGAUCUGGCAGAACCCGGCGCUCAGGGCCCCCAUGUUCCUGCUGAUCGGCAGCCUGGCGCUGGCCGACCUGCUGGCCGGCCUGGGCCUCGUGCUCCACUUCACCUGUGCCUACCUGCUCCGCUCGGACUCGGCCCAGCUGCUGACCGUGGGCCUGGUGGUGGCCUCCUUCUCCGCCUCGGUCUUCAGCCUGCUGGCCAUCACCAUCGACCGCUACCUGUCGCUGUACUACGCCCUCACGUACAACUCGGAGCGGACGGCGGCCUUCACCUACACCAUGCUGGUGCUGCUGUGGGGCCUGUCGCUGUGUCUGGGCCUCCUGCCGGUCACGGGGGUCAACUGUCUGGCGGAGGAGGCCACGUGCAGCGUGGUGCGGCCGCUGACAAAGAACAACAUCGCGGUGCUGUCCGUCUCCUUCCUGCUGCUCUUCGGCCUCAUGCUGCAGCUGUACGUCCAGAUCUGCAAGAUCGUGAUGCGCCACGCCCACCAGAUCGCCCUGCAGCACCACUUCCUGGCCGCCACGCCCCACUACGUCACCACGCGGAAGGGCGUGUCCACGCUGGCCAUCAUCCUGGGUACCUUUGCCGCCUGCUGGAUGCCGUUCACCGUCUACUCCCUCAUCGCCGACUACACCUACCCGCCGCUCUACACCUACGCCACGCUGGUGCCCGCCACCUACAACUCGGUCAUCAACCCGGUCAUCUACGCCUUCAGGAACCAGGAGAUCCAGAAGGCGCUGUGGCUGGUGUGCUGCGGCUGCGUGCCCGCCAGCGUGGCCCAGCGCGCACGGACCCCGAGCGACGUCUGACCCGGGGCGGGCCCAGGUUGGGAAGAAAGAGGCGCCCCGGGUCGUG